AUGUCCCUCAAGAAUUUGUUAGAAAAAGAGAUAGGCCUGCUGACCGACGGACUCAAAGGCCAAUCUUCAUCAGACCACCAGUAUCCGCGAAACUUGACUGUGGGAAACUUCUGUGACUUUAUCACACUCCCUACGCUGGUAUAUGAGCUCGAGUAUCCCCGUACGGAAAGGGUGGACUGGACCUAUGUGGCCGAGAAAACUGCAGCCACCUUCGGCACCAUCUUGGUUAUGAUUGUGGUCUCCCAACACUGGAUCUACCCGGUCGUUAUGUCAGCUCUGCGGAUGAAGGAGGAAGGUUUGACCGUUGAACAACGACUACAGGAGUUUCCCUGGGUCCUGAGUGACUUACUCUUCCCCUUCAUGAUGGAGUAUCUGCUGGCUUUCUACGUGAUCUGGGAAUGUGUGGUAAGUAACUUGCCGAUUGACAUCCUAUAG